AUGGCACACUUUUGCUGGCUCCUCAAAUUCGCAUUUCUGCUGCUGAUGAUGUCCGGUUGUUGGACACGUCCUGCUCCCGCUCCUUUGCCUGGCGGUCGGCAAAGUGAACUCAUUGCGGGCAACGAGUUCCUCAAGCUCUUCCUGGAUCAUGACGAUCAGCAGCGUAGUUUGCACAGCAGCGAACAGGAUUUUGAGGGCAGAGCAGAGUCAACUGCCUCAACUUCGCCGAAUCCUCAUCCUCGCCAGCGAAUGGCCACGGGAAGGAGUUUGGAUGGCAGCAGGAAUCGCUAUAGAAAUUCCCUUAGUUCCGGCAGCAAUCCCACAGUAGAGGACUCAGACUCCAAGCAAGUGGUCAAGCUGGUGACCUCUGGCAGUAAGAUAGUGUUCCUCGAAGAUGCUCCAAGUCCAGUGGGGAAGUUGGGGAAGUCCUCUUCCAGCGACGAGGUGAAAGUGGUGGCCGUUAGUGUGAGUUCUUCUAGCAAAAGAGGUCCUCCCAAGGGCAGUUCCCAGGGAAGUCCUACAGGAAGUGGCUCGGAUUUUGUAAAUCGUUCGCAUAAAAGUGAACUUUCAAUAGAGGAAACGGAACCUCGAUUGGCCGGGGACUCCAUGGAUGCUGAAGGGGAUUCUCUGAACAGUGCCUCCAAUAUACAGAAUGUAUUGGCUGCUCCUCUGCUGGCGGCCUCAGCUUCAUCAAUGCAUUCGUUUCUUAAGAACAAAACUGAGGAGGGAGCAGGAACUGGAACAGGAACUGGAGCAGGAACUGGCGCAGGUUUACCCUUUCAAACAGUGAUUUAUCAUGACACCAAGCAGGGCAGAGGACCCCAGUCCCGAUCCAUAUCCUACAGCUCCAUCAGCCAGAAUGUUGAUGAUCUACAAGCCUGGCAACAGUCGAGAAGCGGUAUCCUGGCCGAGGCCCAAAGGAAUGUUAGUGAGAGCCUAAAACAUGGACAUGGCUCAGAGCCAGCUAAAUUCUACUCUGUGCCCUCCAAGAUGUACAGUGUGCCGAGUAAGUUUUACUCGGAACCAGCCAAGGUUUACUCCGAGCCAGCCAAAAUGUAUGGUCAGCCCGAGAAGGUAUACUCGGAACCCUCGAAGGUUUACGGACAACCUUCGAAAUUUUACUCAGAGCCAGCCAAGGUUUAUGGGCAACCCUCAAAGGUCUAUGGAGAACCGGCCAAGACCUAUUGGCCACAAACGGUGACCAGCACGACAGCCACUCCUGCGGGAACUACUCCCCAUUCCAAUCCCAUCUCUGGCAGUAGCACCAGCACGGCGCAGCCGGUGGCUGCCACAACAUUCUUGCCGCCCAGAUCUAGACCGCGACCAGCGAUUGUCUCGCGCAUCGCUUUUGGCGAGGCCCAGAGCACAACAGCCACAACACCAACAGCAGCAACAACAUCUGCAACAGCAGCUACUACAACACCAGCAACACUGGCCAACAGGGUCACCACAGUAAGGCCUCCCAGCAGCAGCAGCAGCAUUAGACCCACAACUUGGCAGCAUCACUAUCACAGCUACCAGCAGCAGCAGCAGCAGCAACAUCACCAGCAACAUCAGCAACAAGCUCAUCCAACGCGCCGUGUACUCUUCAAUUUGGAUAAAUUGCCUUAUGAUUUAUUAAAUGCACCGCAGCCUCAUCUAUUGGAGCCAAUUUUAUCGAAGCCAGGUCCAAACUACCAGCAACAGCAGCCACGUCCCUGCUGGGAGCAACGUCAGCAUUCAUCACUGCCGCAUCAACAUUCUAAUCAAAAUGCCAAAGGAUUGCCCAACAGAGAUCUAGUCAAGUGUGUUGCCAAAUUCGCACACCAACAUGGAGCAGCAUCGGCAUCCACGGCUUCGCCAUCAUCAUCAUCUGCAGCGACGGGGUCAGGCAGCAGUGGCGGCGGCUAUUCAUAUAGCUCUAGCUCCAGCAGUAGCUCCUCCUCCUCCUCAUCCUCAUCCUCCUCAGGCAUCGUGGCAUCUGGAGCCUCCGCCCACUCCUCCUCCCCAUCUAGGGCGCAGCACCAUCAACACUUUACCACCGAGCGCCCCGAGCUCUAUACUCCGACCUCGGAGCAGAAUUACGAAAUCGAGGAGUCCGUUAGUGUUAUGACAAACGGACGGGCCCAUGGACCGCAGGGUGGCGGUGGCGGUGGCGGUGUUGUGGCAGGAGGUAGUGGUGGCACUGCAUCAGUGGCCACUACACCAGCUGGUCCAGCGACAACGAGCACCAUUCGUGGCAUCAACAGAGGACGUGGCUCGGUGGUUUACAAUGCAAAUGCCAACGAUUAUUCGGAUGAUGGCGGGGAUGGUGAUGGGGAUGGAAAUGGAGAAACCACAUCUGAGGGUGAUUCCUCCGGUGAGGAAGGGGCAGCUGGAGCACCCGAAGAUGAGGACAAAGUGGCAUACGUGGUCGAGGGACAAAACUAUCGCAAAUACCGAGUGGAGGAGAAGACCGACGAUGGCUUCAUUGUCGGCGAGUAUGGAGUGGUGGACCACAACGAUGGGAACCUCUGGGGAGUGCGUUAUACCGCCGACUCUACCAUCAAUCGCAGUCUGAUUCAGAAGGCGUUGCUCACGUUUCUCAAGCUCAAAUAG